CCCCCUCGCCGAUAGACCAAACCCCGGGAAAGAAAGAGCGGAAGAAAAAAAAAACAUCAACAGCAAAACCGACUCCCGAGAAGCGGAGAGGGAAAAAAAAAUUCGCCCAAAUGGCGGGGGUCGUCGUCGUCGUCUUCGUCUCCGAUCCCCCUCUCCUCAUCCGCCUCCACCCCUCACAUCGCCAUUGCCACUGUGAUCACUAGGGUUUCGCGCUGCUCCUCCAGGUAAGGAUUCGCUCGCCUUCGCCGAUGCGGUGGUGGAAGCGCUCGGUCUCCCCUUCCCCGUCCCCGUCCUCUUCGUCCGCGUCCGCGUCCACGCCCGCGUCCCCGGCGCGGGCCUCGACCUCCCGCGUUGGCGGCGGUGUCCCCAGCCGCCGCCGGGAUGUGGUGGGGUUUGGUUGGGGUGGGGGGAGUGAUCCGCAGCCGCGGUUGACCAGGCAGAGGCGGCUGCGGCACGUCGACGACAUCGAGGUCGGGGUCUCGGCGCUCGGGCUGGAUUCCUCCCCCUCGCCCGCCGCGCCCUCGUCGUGCCCCUCCAGUAGGGAUUCGGUGGGGUUCGGCCUCCUGACCGCGAGCUCCACGCCGAUCUCGAGGACCGCGAGUAACAUGGAGGUGGCGCCGCCGAGGUCGUCGUCGUCUCCCGUGCUGCUGCCGCACCCGCUGCCCCUGCCCGAUGAGGGGGACUCGCCCUGCCGCGGCUCCGGGAGAUCCCUCCCGUCGCCCAAGCUAUUCGAAGGAGACUGCAACGGGUCGGCCGUGGAGUCGAACUUGCUCGGGGUUUCCGAGAUCGGGAGCGACAGAGCAUCGUUGUUUCCGAGAGUGAUGGCUAAAACGGUGCAAAAAAACCCUGAGCAUGGUGACUUGCGAUCAAAUGGCACAAAUGGGAUUAACUGUGGACAACGGAGGAAGGCAUUUAAAGAGAAAUUACAGGAUAAGAGCUCAGCUGAAACAUUGACAUUCAGAUUGAACAUACCCGCUAAAAGUGCUCCAAGCAGUGGAUUUUCAAGCCCUGUACAGAGUCCUCGAAGACUGAGUAGUGUAGACUUUUUGUCCACUGCAACAUCCACCCAAGGUGCCAAUUUAUCGUCAGCACAGUCAGUCUGGUCUCCUGAUCUAUAUGGAUCUUCACCUCGUUGUGCGUCACCUGAAAAAAUUAUGGGUAGUCAGGAGCGAUCUCCUCGCUCCAGUCCAUUGAGAAGCCCUGUUCUAAGAUCAAAAAACCCAAGUGCACCUCCUUCACCAAUGCAUCCAAAGUUGUUCCCGGAGAACCAUGUUUCUCGUCCUGAGGGCAAUGGGAGUGUAAAUUUCCAUCCAUUACCCCUCCCACCCGCCUCUGUAAGCCCAAAGCAGACGAAUUUUAGUCACCAGCCAGUUCCAAAAGUUGAUGCACCCUCAAUGGCUGGUCAGUGGCAAAAAGGAAAGCUCAUUGGCAGUGGAACAUUUGGAUGUGUAUAUGAGGCCGCCAAUAGACACACUGGAGCUCUGUGUGCCAUGAAAGAGGUCAACAUAAUUCCCGAUGAUGCUAAAUCAGCUGAGUCUCUCAAGCAAUUGGAGCAGGAAAUAAAAUUUCUUAGUCAAUUCAAGCAUGAAAACAUAGUGCAGUACUACGGCAGUGAAUAUAUUGAAGAUCGAUUCUACAUAUACCUGGAAUAUGUUCACCCUGGUUCAAUUAAUAAAUAUGUUAAUCAACAUUGUGGAGCAAUGACAGAAUCAGUAAUCCGCAGCUUCACCCGCCAUAUACUUAAAGGCCUUGCCUUUUUACAUAGUCAGAAGAUUAUGCAUAGAGAUAUCAAAGGAGCAAAUUUGCUUGUUGAUGUGAAUGGUGUAGUCAAAUUGGCUGACUUUGGAAUGGCUAAGCAUUUGAGUACUGCAGCUCCUAAUCUUUCACUGAAGGGAACUCCAUACUGGAUGGCUCCUGAGGUUGUUCAGGCUACACUUGUCAAAGAUGUAGGGUAUGAUCUUGCUGUGGAUAUCUGGAGCCUAGGUUGCACAAUUAUUGAGAUGUUCACAGGAAAGCCUCCUUGGAGUGGUCUUGAAGGGCCUGCUGCAAUGUUUAAGGUGUUGCAUAAAGAUCCGUCAAUUCCAGACAGUUUAUCCCCGGAGGGGAAGGAAUUUCUGAGAUGCUGCUUCAGAAGAAAUCCAGCUGAGAGACCAACAGCAAGCAAGUUGCUGGAGCAUCCAUUUGUCCACAAUUCGAAUAACUUCAACCAGCACAGUGCUUUACAUUCUCCCACUGGACUUAAAUCCACCGAUACCGGUCACAAUGCAAGAGACAAAAAGUCCUGUAAGAUUGUUUCAUGCAUGAGGGGGAAAAAUAUGAUUACAACUGGUGAAACAAGCAGUGCUAGAUCUCCCGGUUCAUUAUCUAAUCGGGUGGCAGUAGGCUUGACAGCCCUGCCAAAUUUGGAAACUCGUAGCUUAUCCCCUACGCCGAUGAGUUUGAGGUCCAGUCCUGGCUCUGCGGCCCAUACACCUAGUAUGCACUUUUCUAUCGCAUACCAUCAGCCUAGUCCAUUGCCAAGGCCAAAUGGAAAGGAAGCAAUAAAUUUGUUCACCUUGAAGCAUGACGAGCUGCCUACCUAAGGUGCGGAAACACAUCAUCUGUCCAUCCACCCAAUCUGUUGGAUGCGAGCCCAUCUCUAACUUCUGAUCCCUGUACUGCCAGUCAUCAUAAUUGAACAUUCGCUGGGUCUUGUAAAGUACUUGGCAUGCGAAGGACAUCAGCACGGUACGAUCGCAAUAGCUUCUGAAACCUGUAAUGUUUGUUUUCAAGGAAAUGAUGGCGUUUCCUUUGUAAGAUAUUAUUUAGGGUUAGCUGUAGGUUAAACUAAUGGCCCUGAUUGUUGCCAACAGGUAGGACACUAGGGUUGUAGUUGUAGCUUGUGUUGUUUUUGCUAUUGUGUAACCACACCACGAUGUAAUCAUUGUUGAUUUUUUGAGGCCCAGUAAUAAUGAUAAAGAGUUGGCAAAAGGGGAUCGACAUGUGCACGUUCUCUUUUGUAUUUUUGAA